AGAAAUUUGUCAAUAUUUUGGCGAAAUAAUUAAAAAUGAAAAAGAUGUAUCAGCAGGAAUGGCAGCUAUACGAACGCUUUUAACAAUCUUAGAACGCUCUAAAUCGGAAACUGUACAAGAAGUUCAAUAUUGUUUACAAAACGCUAUUGAUGCAAUGAGAUCUUUGGAUUACCCAGUGACAUCAAUUGCAUCUGGGUCUGAAUUGUUUCUACGAUUUAUUACUUUAGCAAGUUUAGAUACUCCAUCGUUUGCAGAGUGUAAAGGGAUAAUGCUACGUCGAGGGAAAUUAUUUUAUGAAAAAUUAGUAAACGCUCGUAGUAAAGUUGCUAAAUUAGCGUCUAGUUUUAUAACGGAUGGCUGUAAAAUUUUAACGCAUUCAAAAUCUAGAGUCGUGUUAUUAGCAUUAAAAGAAGCUGCUGCUAACAACAAAAUUUUUCAUGUUUAUGUUACACGGUCCGCUCCAGAUAAUAUAGGGGAAGAAAUGUAUGACAAUUUAAAAAAAUUAGGAGUAUCUUGUACAUUAAUUCUUGACUCAGCGAUUGGUUACGUUAUGGAACAAGUAGAUAUGGUAAUGGUUGGUGCCGAAGGUGUUGCUGAAAGUGGAGGUAUAAUCAAUAAAAUUGGCACUUAUACCCUCGCAAUGUGUGCAAAAGAAAUAAAAAAACCACUUUAUGUUCUUACCGAGAGCUUUAAAUUUUCGAGAAUAUAUCCGCUCAAUCAAAUUGAUCUAUCAGAUGAGUUUAAAUAUACGACAAGUACACGAGCGAAGAAUUUAAAGAAUGAACAUCCACUGGUAGACUAUACACCACCUCAAUAUAUUAAUUUAUUAUUUACUGAUUUAGGUAUACUAACACCGUCCGCGGUAAGCGAUGAACUUAUAAAACUUUAUUUAUAA